UUCACUGUUUGUACACCUCAUUUUUUGUCAUUGAGAAAAUCUUGCACCAUACUGGACUAAGACAGCAAAUCAUUUCAUACAAGAAGACACCCUUUUGUCUGCUUUAAAUGUUUCAUUCCACAUGAGCACAUACACAUACAAACACACAAAUUAAGAGGAAGAGAUGCAAGCCUUAUGGUUGUCCUUGAAAGACAAUGUCAAAUGUGGAAACAAGCUCACUGAUGUAAUAAGGCAGCCACCAAAAUUUGGCAAAGGGAGUAGCUAUGUUCUACAAAAGGAGAAUAAAAUGAACAAAGAAGAUGAAGAAGAUAAUACCCCUCUCAUGGAAACUCCAGCCAGACUAGUUUUUUCCAAGCCAAACAAGUCACAGGCUCGGCUUUUCGAGCUUGGUAUCGGAGACCCAUCAAGAAAAAUUGUUGAGAUGAUAUUUCAGAAAGCAUGGAUGAACACCUCAAAGCCACUGAGGAAAGUUAGAACAGUUCUAAGGGUGAGAUACUCAGAAGAAGUUCUUGAAAGAUUUGAGAAGUAUAGAGAAAAAGUGAAGGAACAGUAUCCAAGGCAUCCAAGAAGCACAGUAGAUGGAAAUGAAUUGUUGAGAUUCUAUGUCACUACAAUGAGAUGUUUCCAAGGGAAACCUAUGAAGAAAGUUCAUGAUCUUUGUAAAGAUCCAUCGUGUCGAUUUUGUCAAGUAAUUCAAUUCAAUUUUGACGCGGAACACGCGGAGAUUCUGUUGAAUACAUGUGAGAAAGAUUUGAGUAACAGAAAAAGUGUCAAUGCAAGAGUGAAGAAUGUGAAAAGAGUUUUAAUAGUUUGCAGGAUAAUUGCUGGAACUGCAGUGAAUGAAGUUGAUGGUAACUAUGAAGAAUGUUCUGAGUGUGACUCAACUAGGCUAGGAGAAAUGCAAUUUAGCUUAGAAAGAUUUGUAGUGAAAAAUCCUAGUUCUAUUCUCCCUUGUUUUGUCAUAAUUUUCAACUGACAUGUUUUGUAGGUAAAUUUUGUCACUAUUCGUUUUUAUCUUUGGUGAAGUGCAUCCAUAUUUAAGAAUGUACAAUCCUCCUUGAAUUUUUUUAACAUAAAGGGCCUGUUUGGAUUUAUUUA